CCUUGAUCAAAUCCCUUACUCGCGCAUAGGCAGUUUUAUUCUACAUUAUACUUUUCAACCAGUCAUAAAUAGCAAAGCUUCUGUCUUUUUCAUUCAGUAUUAUUUUUAUGAAGCACACAUCCAUCCUAGUAGCUUGCUCAUUACUAUUACAGUGCCAUUACACCGUCAAUGCGGCCGUUCCUUUUCCAACUGACUCUGAUCUGACUACACUAAAACAACGCCGUGUAUCAGCCAUCGUUGCAGCUAAUAGUGUAUCAACAACACUAAGCAAUACUUGGUAAAACAAAUAAAUCAAAAAAUCAACCUGUACAAAAAAUUCAGUGAGCUUAUCCACUCUUGUUUUGUGUUGUUUUUUACAUAUAGGGCCUCCUCAUUAUCGUCCUCUGGUACCUGGUCCGAUAUAGAUAUGACAAGUGGUUGCAAUGCCAGAAAUGCAAAUUGGCCAGCAACAAGCCAUUUAAUACGCACACGAGCCAUAGCUGCUGCUUAUGUCAAAGACCCUUCCAACACAUACUUAUUGAAUCAAGCGGUAGUGGCUCUCAAUUACUGGCUUGACAAUGACUUUACAGAAAGCGACUGCAUAGACAGUGGAGGCGUGGCAGGUUAUCAUUGUCCUUGCGGAACCCCUGGUUUAUGGAACAAAAAUUGGUUUGCUCAAGCUAUUGCUGUACCCACUUACGCAGGAGAUACUUGCUUGUUACUCAAAGAUAAAUUGACGAGUGAGCAAAAAGCAAUAUGUGCAACAAUGCAAUCGAGAGCAUUCCAAGCGAUACCUACAGGACUUCGACCCGUUAAAGUCAUUACGGGUGCUAAUUUACUUGAUAUGGCAUCUGUCGGUAUUACACUCGGACUCUUUGAGAGUAAUAAGACAACUGUGCAGAGAGCACUUGAGUUCUUUUAUGGCGGUGUUAAGGUCAACUCCGUAGUCGCAGCUGAUGGUAUACAAGCGGAUGGAUCCUUCAUGCAGCACGCAGGACUGUUGUAUAAUGGCAAUUAUGGCAAGGACUACAUCUCUGACUUACUUGCAGUUUUUCUCAUCACCAAGGGCACACCAUUGGAACCGGAUACAGUGGCUCAAGAAGCAUUUGAAACAUUGAUUGACGGGACGGAAUGGAUGAUUGUUGCUGAUACCCGACUAAAGACACUGCUUUGGCAGUACAGUACUAUUGGAAGGAUGAUAUCAUUCAAAUAUUCAGAUGGUCAAGCAAGUGGGGGUGUGGAUAUCGACGUGGACGCUAUUGCCAAAAGCACGGAAGAUUGGGACUCGGAACUUAAUUUUGAGGCAAUCGUGGAUCGGUUGGAUGCCCUCCCUACAGAAGACGCUAACCAAGGUAACCUCAUCGGUACGCGUUACUUUUACAAUGCAGACUAUAUGAUUCACCGUGCACCUAACUAUGUUACCACCUUGAAAAUGUAUUCCAGUCGAACAAUCAAUUCUGAAUGUCUUAAUGCCCAAAAUCCGUUUGGCUUUCAUUUAAGUGAUGGUGCUAUUUUCAAUUACUUGACUGGCGAUGAGUACGUUGAUACUUUUGCUGCUUGGAACUGGGAUUUGGUACCAGGUAUAACCGUUGAUUAUGGAGGAACAGCUUUAACUUGCAGUUCAGUGAAAAAGAAAGGUCGAAAGGCUUUUGUAGGUGGAGCUACAGAUGGAAACACGGGUAUUGCUGUCAUGGAUUACCUCAACCCAACCAACAGCAAUUUGGCUUUUAAAAAGACAUUCUUCUUCUUUCCCAGUGGAUACGCAGUUCAAUUGGGUCCUAUCACAUCGAAAAAUACAAGUGCACCGUUGAUUACUGUGCUUGAUCAAAAGCGACGUAAUGGAGAUAUUUAUGUUUCAGGAAAGUUGAGAAAUACAGACACAACUUAUACUGUUACGGGCGGUACGAACAGUAUUUGGCAUGAUAAUAUUGGCUAUUACUUCCCAACCUCUGAAGUUCUUUACGUUGAUUCCAAACCAAGAAAGUUUGAUUGGUCUUCGAUUGGUAUCUCGACAGGAACAAGCGAUGCCCAGUUGUUUACAUCUUACAUUAAGCAUUCUAAAACAAGCUCAACAGGUUUACUGACACAGUAUAUCGUACAGCCGAACAUUACAGCGAACAAAUUCAACGAUUUUGUCGGUUCGGGUACAAUCCCCAUUGCGCUGGAUUUUAAAGCGAGCUCUCCUCAAGUGAAUGCUGCCUAUAGCGCUGCUGAUAAAUCCAUAGCAGUUGCCUUUUGGACAGCAGGCACCUAUGUUGCACCCUGGAAUUCGGUUUCAUUCACCACAGAUAAUCCUUGCAUCUUGUUAUUCCGUGAAACGAGCACGAACACUUAUCGCCUGACGAUUGCUGACCCUUCGCAAUCACUCAGCAGCAUUAAAUUAAGUAUAACUAUUGCAGGUGCAACUAGGACAACUACUGCCACGCUACCCACAGGCAACAAAGCAGGACGCUACACCGUCAAAUCCAUGUCAUUUUAAACGAUGCGCAUAAUCUUACACAAAAUAAAAAUAGAAUUCUUUAUCAGUCAGUGAUUUUUAAUCGAGUAG